AUGGCGGUGACGAGCAUGUCUGGAGCCAACAACAUGGAGUUGAUGAGCAUAUUUGGAGCCAAUGACAUGGAGGUUAUUAGCAUGUCUGGAGCAAACGACAUGGUGGGGACUAGCAUGUCUGGAGCCAGCAACAUGGAGUUGAUGAGCAUAUCUGGAGCCAACAACAUGGAGGGGACUAGCAUGUCUGGAGCCAGCAACAUGGAGUUGAUGAGCAUAUCUGGAGCCAACAACAUGGAGGUUAUUAGCAUGUAUGGAGCAAAAAACAUGGUGGUGACUAGCAUGUCUGGAGCCAGCAACAUGGAGUUGAUGAGCAUAUCUGGAGCCAACAACAUGGAGGUUAUUAGCAUGUAUGGAGCAAACAACAUGGUGGUGACUAGCAUGUCUGGAGCCUGCAACAUGGAGUUGAUGAGCAUAUCUGGAGCCAACAACAUGGAGGUUAUUAGCAUGUAUGGAGCAAACAACAUGGUGGUGACUAGCAUGUCUGGAGCCUGCAACACGGUGGUGACCAGCAUGUCUGGAGUCAACAACAUGGAGGCUAUCAGCAUGUUUGGAGCAAACAAACUGGAGGUUAUUAGCAUGUCUGUAGCAAACAACAUGGAGGUGACGAGCAUGUCUGGAGAAAACAACAUGGAGGUGACGAGCAUGUCUGGAGUCAACAACAUGGAGGUGACGAGCAUAUCUGGAGUCAACAACAUGGAGGUGACGAGAAUGUCUGGAACCAACAACAUGGAGGUGACUAGCAUGUCUGGAGCCAACAACAUGGAGGUUAUUAGCAUGUCUGGAGAAAACAACAUAGAGGUGACUAGUAUAUCGGGAGCCAACAACAUGGAGGUGACUAGUAGUGCCAGCAGUAUAACUGUAACCAUCUGA